ACGUUGUUUCACUGCAUUGAAACUAUCCUGUUAUAUCUUUUCCCCCAUCUUCACCUCCAACCAUCCAGCAAUCUAUGGAGGUUUCAUGGGAGGAGAGCGUGACACACUCUAUCAACACCGUUUACCUUCUCUUCUCUGCUUACCUAGUCUUCGUUAUGCAACUCGGCUUCGCCAUGCUCUGUGCUGGCUCUGUCCGAGCCAAAAACGCCAUGAACAUAAUGCUCACCAACGUCGUCGAUGCCGUUGUCGGUAGCAUUUCGUACUACCUCUUCGGCUUCGCCUUUGCAUUUGGUGACAGCUCCAACCCUUUUAUUGGGACCAAAUUCUUUGCUCUCAAGGACAUCCCAGAUAACACAUAUGAUUACAGCUUCUUUCUUUACCAAUGGGCUUUUGCUAUUGCCGUCGCCGGAAUCACCAGUGGCUCAAUCGCCGAGCGGACUCAGUUCAGUACUUAUCUGGUUUUCUCGUUUUUCCUUACUGGGUUUGUUUACCCCAUUGUGGUUCACUGGGUUUGGUCCACCAACGGUUGGCUCAGUCCGAGUUCAAGCGAGUCCCUGUUUGGUUCUGGUGCUAUUGAUUUCGCCGGGAGCGGCGUGGUGCAUCUGGUGGGUGCUGUAGCUGGGUUUUGGGGCUCUUUCAUCGAAGGCCCACGAGUAGGCCGGUUCGAUGCGUUUGGUAGACCCAUGCCAAUGCGCGGACACAAUGCGACUCUAGUAGUUCUUGGUACAUUCCUGUUGUGGUUCGGCUGGUUUGGAUUCAAUCCCGGGUCAUUCGAUAAGAUUCUCGUCCCUUAUCCCAGCACAACAGAUCAAGGCAACUGGACCGCAAUUGGCCGAACGGCGGUCACCACCACGCUUGCUGGCUCGACUGCCGGAAUCGUGACCUUAUUUGGCCGGAGGUUGCUAGUGGGGCAUUGGGAUGCAUUAGAUUGUUGCAACGGAGUGUUGUGUGGGUUCGUGGCAAUCACAUCAGGUUGCUCCGUGGUUGAGCCAUGGGCUGCUAUUGUUUGUGGAUUUUUCGCUGCUUGGGUCUUGAUUGGGCUCAAUCUCCUGGCACUGAAACUGAACUUCGAUGACCCACUGGAGGCAGUUCAGUUGCACGGAGGAUGCGGUGCUUGGGGUCUAAUUUUCACCGGCUUGUUUGCAAAAGAGGAGUUUGUGGUUCAAGCCUAUGACUCGGGUGCGACUGGAGUGGAGCGACCCUAUGGUCUGUUCAUGGGUGGGGGCUGGGGUCUGCUUGGAGCACAAGUGGUUGAAGUUUUGGUGAUAGUGGGCUGGGUAAGUGUGACAAUGGGGCCACUCUUCUAUGCACUUCAUCGGCUUAACCUCCUUAGAAUUUCUGUUGAGGAAGAAGUUGCAGGACUUGACAUUUCCAGACAUGGAGGAUAUGCUUACACAGCUCAUCAAGAAGAACGCCAACCUCAGCUUUACGCUGAUUACAUCACCCUGCAGAAUUAGUAAUGACUAGAAUUCCAAUGGUAUCACCUUCUGAUUCUUCUUCAUUUUUAAAUUGGAUUCACGUUUUGUUUACUUGAAAUGCAGUCCAACUUUCCAAAAGUAAAAGCUCCCCCCCAUU